GAACGCGGCGGUCGUGAAGUUUAAAUAGUAAGUUAAUGGAUUUGUAGAAAUGGCUGCAACCUGGACACGACUAGCGAAGUGCCCGACUGUCGCCCUUGCUAACGGUCUUCAGGUGCCCAUUCUUGGCCUCGGCACAUCUCACCAAGGAGGCUACUCCCACCGAGCUGUCGUCUACGCCUUAAGAGAAUGCGGGAUUCGCCAUAUCGACACAGCCAAGCGCUACGGCUGCGAGUCCGACCUGCAGGAGGCCAUCCGUGAGAGUGGCAUCGAGCGGCAGGAGCUGUGGAUCACGUCCAAGCUGUGGAUCACGGACUACGGGUACCAGACCACCAAGCAGGCCUGCCUGGAGUCGUGCAGAAGACUGGGAGUCGACUACUUAGAUCUGUACCUGAUCCACUGGCCAGACGGACGGUCGCCGACUACGUCCAGCCAAGAGAUACGAGCUGAAACGUGGAGGGCGAUGGAGGAGCUGUAUGAUGAGGGGGUCUGCCGGGCAAUCGGGGUCAGCAACUUCCUCAUUUCUCAUCUGGAGCAGCUCAAGGAGGACUGCAGUAUUGUGCCACACGUCAAUCAGGUGGAGUACCACCCUUUCCAAAGGCCACAGGAGCUGGUGGACUAUUGCCAGAGCCAGGGCAUUGUCUUUGAAGGGCACUGCCCCCUGGCCAAAGGGGCAGUCUUCACUGACCCCACCAUCACUGAGCUGGCGAAAAAGUACAGGAGAACUCCGGCCCAGAUCUGCAUCCGAUGGAGCAUCCAGAAUGGCAUCAUCACCAUCCCCAAGUCCACCAAAGAGGAGAGGGUUUUGGAGAACUGCCAGGUGUUUGACUUCAACCUUCUCGAAGAGGACGUUUCUAAAAUUAAUGGACUGCAUGAUGGGAGGCACGUGACCUGGGAUCCCACCCCUGUCCUCUAAUAGAAUGUUUUUGACUUCUGCCUGGAGCAGCAGGACCAGGACCUCCUCAACCACCUCACACCCACCCGAAGGAUGAUCCACCUGACCUACCCGCUGUGGAACGGAUAACCUGAAAGACCAAAAUCGCCCCCCCCUGCACUCUGCACACCCCCCCCCCCCCCCCAUGCCCCGUUGUGUCUCUCUGCCCGAGAUGAUGAAGUUGCACCCGUGCCCAGUGCCUCUAUAAAUCAGCGUUCGAGUUGCCCAUCUGCUCCCUCCGCCUGGAUGACUUUAAUUUUCAUGUCUGAUGGGGGGGUUAUGUGCCCCCCAUUUUCUGCCCUGUGAUUGGCCGCUGACGCUGACUUAUUCAGGUCUCCUAUGCGCGCCCCACGCCGGCUCAGCUGCUCCUUUUCUUCUUCAUGUCACGCAUGGCAAAUAAACCAUAAGGCAGAUCGGUGAGUGGGUACAAUCAGCGGCAGGGUCCUCUUUAAGGGUGAAUUUGUUAGGGUCUCCGCUCGGGGGGCCGUCUGGGGGGCUGCACCUUAUUUCUCUCAUUAAUUGCUGUGCUUAGUGCACAAGAACAGAUUUAUGGGAAGGCAGAUGGUUUUACUGAGUACCACCUGGGCCACGUGACCCACCAAAUCGUCUUGCCUGCCUUUGACCCUCGUCCUCUACAUGCAGGCCUUGGCCUGUCGGGCUUCUGGCCGUCCAGCUGUAUGCGAGAUGUAUGGUGGGCACACAGAGUGGGCACUGUACAGGCCAACGAGAUCAAGACUAGACCAGUGCCUGGCUGUGCCCUGGAGCUCCCACCUUACACGGCUGCUGCCCACCCAGUUGUCACACAUUAACGUUAAGCUCAGGAGCAGGGGGCUAAAAGAGAGCCCACCCUGAUGCCACGCACAUGGAAGUGCCCAGCUUUCAGGCUGUUAUGACAGAUUUUUCCAAAUGCCCUGCACAGGUUGCUGGUUUGUGCCCCAGGCCUGGCAUUAACAGUGAUGGGCGCAGAGCAAAUUCUAGAAAUUUGACACAUAAACACUAAGGUUGAUGCCCCUGUAAAAAUGUGACCCCCCCAAGUGCCUGAUGAGGCACUUUGAUGGCUUUUCUAAUAAAGACAUCCUAGUCAUGAUGCCCUGAUUUCCAUUAUGAACACCACAGGUCUUUGCCUGUUGUUGCCAUCCUGCAGUGGGCUCUCCUUAUGAUGGCACUUGAGGUGCCACCAGGAGGACACUUCGACGUCCCAAGGUCUGACUCAUCUUGUAAUCUACAGAUGAGGGUGGGCACUGCUGUUGGUCCUCCUGGUGCUGCCAUUCCGGACCUUCCAGCAGGUGAGAAUACGAGGGUCUGCUCAGAGGGACUGUCCAGGUAACCCGGUCCAUGUCAUCUGGCGGACCCUCCUCAUGGGCACAGCCAGGUCACCCAAAGGACAACCCCCC